GGCUUGCGAGCAAUGGAGACGGGGCUAGUGGUGCUCGUGUGGAGUACAGUCGAGUGAGGGGGCGGAGGGGCCGGUCCGGUCAGCUCAAGAGUGCGGAGGGAGGGCCCGCCUUGUGGCUUCCUGGCCCCCCGCACCGGACGGCUGUAUUAUAGAUGCGCAUCCAAGCAGCCGGGCGGCGGGGGCCAGUGAACGGGCGCAGUAAUGUGACCGGUCGGGGGAGCGUUCAGCGAGUUUAACUAUUAACCAUCGAGACAUCCGUACUGGACCAGUACCAUAGAUAAAGGCGUGCACACCGGCGAGCCUGAGCGCACGGAACCAGGAGGUGGAGGAUACAUGCAGCCGGCUUGCUCCUACCCAGCCUCGAUCGCCGUAUCACGGCCACAAAAAGCUGACUGCCCACUGGGGUCGGAGAAGUCCCUUUCUGUGGCUGGUAAUUCAAUCCUCGGGCUGCGGACCUUUAAAUAUCUUCACUGAAGAGACCUUUCCAGCAGCCACGUGGUGUAAGCCCACACGGAGCAGCUUGCAUUGAAUGGAGAACAUACUGGUCCUGCUCCCAAAACAUCGACAGGAACACAGGCUCUACAGACAAACGGCUGCAUGUGCCUUGCUGCAAUUACUUUAUCCCAGAGCAGUUUCCCUCUGGGCUUUAAUGCUGACCAUCACUCCCUGUAGACCUUUUUAAUGGGAUAAAUUAUUUAGACAGAUCAGGUUGAAAACCAGGUCAGGUGAUCAGGUCACUUCAGAACAGUUUGGCAGAUCUCGUCUAUUAUACUUUCUUGUCAAGACCAUUGGCUUUCAAAGGCUUCCGCAUGGUACUUUGGUCGAAAGAACAAGACAAACUGCCCGACAUCAACAUGUCCUCCGGGGCCGUUGAGGUGAAGAAAGAGGGGGGGCCCCUCGGUCCGGCCUUCCUCAACUCCAACUCCUCUGUCCACCCAGUGAUCCUCACACAGGGACCUGAGGAAGGGAGCCCAGGAACUGGGAGUGAGUUUGAGCUCAAAGAGGUUACAUCUUUCACAGAAAUGACCAAUGAAACCCCAGAGAACGAAGAGAGGUUGGAGAUAGUCGCAGUGAUGGACUGUCGGGCCAAUGCUAAAGGUCAGCGGGAGGAGGAUGCUCUCUUGGAGAAUGCAAGCCAGAGCAAUGAGAGCGACGACACCAGUAAUGAUCAGAGCCCUGAACCACCGGCACCCCUCAAGGAGACCUCCUUCUCAAUCGGUCUGCAGGUGGUUUUUCCCUUCCUGCUGGCCGGGUUUGGGACAGUGGCGGCAGGAAUGGUGCUAGACAUUGUCCAGCACUGGACGGUGUUCACGGAGGUGUCAGAGGUGUUCAUCCUGGUUCCAGCACUGCUUGGGCUGAAGGGCAACCUGGAGAUGACGCUGGCCUCCAGACUCUCCACAGCGGCUAAUAUUGGUCAGAUGGACACAACCAAGGACAUGUGGAACAUGAUCAUGGGGAACCUAGCUCUCAUUCAGGUCCAGGCCACAGUCGUGGGGUUUCUGGCGUCCAUCGCUGCUGUGAUCUUCGGUUGGAUCCCAGAGGGCCACUUCAGGCUGGGCCACGCCGUGCUGCUUUGUGCCUCCAGUGUAGCCACUGCCUUCAUUGCUUCUCUGUUACUAGGUCUCAUCAUGAUUGGCGUGAUCAUCGCAUCCAGGAAAGUUGGCAUCAACCCAGACAACGUGGCCACACCUAUUGCCGCUAGCCUGGGAGACCUGAUCACCCUGUCCCUGCUGGCUGGCAUCUCCACAGGACUGUACAAGGAACUAGGCAACCACGACUACGCCAAUCCACUGGUGUGUGCGGUGUUUGUGGCGUUGUGUCCGCUGUGGGUGCUUAUCGCCAGGAAGAUCCCAUCCACCCGAGAAGUCCUGUACUCUGGAUGGGAGCCGGUCAUCAUCGCCAUGGCCAUCAGCAGUGUGGGCGGUCUGAUUCUUGACAAGACCGUCACCAAUCCAAACUUCGCUGGUAUGGCUGUGUUCACCCCAGUCAUCAAUGGUGUGGGAGGUAACCUGGUGGCAGUUCAGGCAAGUCGAAUCUCCACCUACUUGCACAUGAAUGGUAUACCAAUGGGGGAUCCCAACCCCACAUCCAGAAACAGGAAGUGCCCUACGCCCUGCACCACCUUCUUCACCUCCACUGUGAACUCCCGUUCGGCACGUGUGCUGUUCCUCCUGGUCGCCCCGGGUCACCUCGUCUUCCUCUACACCAUCAACUCACUGAGGGGGGGACAUACCACACUAACGCCCAUCUUCAUCACCUUCUACCUGGCCGCUGCCAUGCUGCAGGUCAUUAUCCUUCUCUACCUGGCGGACUGGAUGGUCCACUGGAUGUGGGGCAGAGGGAUGGACCCCGACAACUUCUCGAUUCCCUACCUGACUGCUCUCGGUGACCUGCUGGGAACGGGCUUCCUUGCCCUCUGCUUCCACAUGCGCUUCUUCAUCGGGGACAGAGACUCCAAUCUGGGCAACUGAUUGCAUCAGCAAACAUUUGCCCGCCACACACGGACGCCGAUGAUGAUGAUGAGAACAGGAAGCCUCCUAUGACAGGGCUAAUCCCGCGUAGGGCUCUGAUUGACGAUGUAGUGCUCUAACAGGUCAGUAGUUUACAUCUCCAUGAUAACUGAUGCACGAAAGCCUGGAAAUAUUUGGAAACUCGUACUCAGCACCACAGACUUCGCUUCAUUUUUAUCCUUAAUAACAGAGCACCCCGCCUCUGUUAUUAUUUUACUAUUGUAAAUGAUUAUUAUGUUCGGUAAAUAAUACAUUUGAUGUAAAUCGAUAUAUAUUCUAUUUUGAGAGGCUAUUCCUCAUUAUUUUCAAUGGGGACACUAGCCGGUGUAUCCAUUUUUAAUAGAGCAACAAAUCCAAGAUUGCAAAAAAAAACAAAUAAACAAGAACAAGCCAAGAUUGCUUAAUCACCAAGUGCUUUGUCUUGAAAUCCGAUGAAAUCAGUGAAAUGCAAAUGUGUUCUUUGUGCUUUCGAAGAGUGUACAUGGCUGCUUCGCCACGAGGCUGCACCGCAAAUGUCGCAGUUUGUGUCUCCUUUCAUGCCAUUUCAAGACAUCUCGAUUCUACUUCUCCUUCAGACGUCCGCCACAGUCAUGAGGUGACACAACUUCCUGUUUUUGACCGAACCUGCAAAGCAAAUAGUGCAACCGCAGCCUGAUCCUGAUUAGUCAAAUGAAAUGAAAAUGCUACGACUUGCCGAACAAUCCGCCAAUGCGGCACGAAAGCAAGCUAGGUGUUGUGUUACGCAAGAGCUCAGCUAAUGGAGCACAACAUGAUCAUGAGUGAGGAUGUGCUCGCAACAGUCGUUUGGUACCUGUCGUGUUUCACGUGACGACCCCCGCUGGCUGAAAGCAGCAACGUCAUUAAAAAGAUGUGACUUGGGGCCUGGCCCAUUAGAAGAAAAAUAAAAACCAGCACCAAAGACUCCCGUCAGUCCUCAGAGAGCUGAGAAUGUGAGCACAAAGUUUUUCACCACUUUAUAUCCUGCGUUUAGUCAUAGAAUCCACAUUUUCAAAAAUGGACAGUUGGAGUUGCAUUCAUAGGACACCAAUAUGUGUUCCCUCUUUUAUCACGGGGGGUAGGUUCCCAAAAUAGCCCGCAAAAAGUAGCCAAAUUAAUUUUUUAUAUAUGUUUUAAGGCCGUAAAAAGCCCUCACCGUACACUUGAUACACUUUUCUCAGACAGGCAAUAACAUUUUCUCACAUUUCUCUCGUUUAAACACUCUCAAAAAAGUUCUCAAAAACAUUCGUUCGCAUUUUUAACGGUCAUGUUUGUUGUUGAUGUUUGUUCACCAAGCGCUGAGAUUUCGCAUUUUGUUUGGCGGUCUUUGAACGCACCAUAGUUGUUCUGAGUUGCAACAGUGACAUUUAUACGUACCAACCUGGCCUCGAAACUUGCAGGACUGUUUUUCCAAAACAUAUUCAUGAAUAAAUCCUGCUGCUUCCUGGUUGAAUUGGGCCUGUUAUGAGCCCAAGAAAGAUGCAUACUUAAGCAAAUAUGGAUCUUUUUGCCUACAAUAAGCAAUCUCAAGCAUAAAAAUGGCUAAAUGAACAAAAAUAGAAAUAUGUGAUGAUAUGUCGUAUUCCACACUGGUCACCAGGUGUCAGUAAUGUUACUCUAAUGUCCAAUGAGACACACAAGCACCAGACCUGAUCGCUGGAACAACGGGCUUUUAUUGCAGGUUUGAAGGAUCUCACAACAGGAACAAUAAUCCCUGACGCGGCCAUAAGCCACACCAAGCUAAAACUCAACUCUGAACCCCCAGUGACACUUCCUGUCCGUCCCCUACUCCCCUUCCCCGGAGCACACAAGCUCAUAUUUUGCCAUAAAUGUCUUAUUUUCUGUUAUUAUGUCUACUAUAUUGGCUAAUACGUGCAUAAAGGUGACUAUAGGGGUGUUAUGUCAUGUCUGCAGGGCUCUAAUAAUGUUAAAAAACAUAUUUAGAAGCUUGUAAACAGGUUUUCUAAGCAAUAACUGUGAAAAUAUUCCACUUAUGACGGGCUUGGAACCAAUUAACCGUGAGAAAUGAGGGAUUAUUGCACAUGUCCGAGCAUACCUUGAAUUUGAGAAGACUCUGGCCCAUCACUGCCGAGUUUUUUGUCAAAACAAAAUAAAAACAAGCCAAAACAAAAUCUUUUACUGUCAUGAGCUCCAACAACUGUCCGUGUUUUCCAUCGCCCUCUCUUUGCUCGUAAGUGAGCGAGCAAAUGGAGGCCUUUUAAGUUACAGAGAGACAACUAAACUGCAUUUUGGACACUUGAACGACGGGGAGUCCAUAAAGGUUUCUUGGCUAGAACCUGCACGACACGCUUGAACGAGACGCCACUCGUCAGACUUGUGUGUUGUCUCGAAGGGGCCAGAAGGAUGCAUGUGCACAUCCUGCGAAUGUGAAACAUGUUGUCCGUCAAUCUGAUGUUCAGAGGAAAAAAAAAGUUAAAAUUGUGAUUUUUUUGUUUGUUUGUUUGUUUUGUAAUUCUUUGAUCUAAUCACAACUCAUCUUGGUGAUCACGAACGUGAUGUAAAAAAAAAGAAAAAAAAAGCAACUACUUAAAUGAAAAGUGCACUUUUUGCAAAAAAAAAAAUUGCCCAUCUUUCACAAUCCUCACGUGAGACAUGAACACACGCUACUACCUGCUGUGAGCCUCGCCGUGACAUUUUGGUCAUUUUAAGCAUUACCGGAACUUUCUUUCUGGGUGCAUUGAUUUCACAUAGCAGCAUAGAAAGGAUCGCUACACCUAGCGUUCAUUUUUCCAAACUCAAAAACACAACAGCAGUGGCGGCAGCGCCAACCUUUCGGUAGUGGCCUGAGGCGUUGUGAGCGAAUUGUACAGUGAAGCUAGUUGCCAGCCGGCUACUAGCUAGCCCGUGCGUUGUGGCGAGGUGUCACUACGCCAGUAAUGUAGUUCUUGGGCAUAACAGCUAUUUUUCUAAAGGCAACCCCUUCAGCACCAGCCAUUUUAGACAAUCUAGACUGAUCUUUCAAGGCACACGGAAUAUUGUGUUUAUGGUUUUAUAAACGUGGAACCUACCAGAAGAAAGAUUAGACUUCCCGUCUUUCAUCAGAAGAAAAAAGUUUGUUUUUGUUGUUGUUGUGUUGAUCUUUAGAACACACAGAAAACAUGUGUUCAUGUCUCACAAAAGGCUCGUGAAUGAUGUGUGAACUUGUCCUUUCAAUCUGAUACGUUUGCGCAGGUCCUGUAUUUUUUAAAGUGCACACAAGAGGGCGCCGUAACUGCAAAUGUUUUGAGCAUUUCCGUGUUAUCUGGGUUCCAAUCCACCUUUGGGGACGUAAGAUGUUGUUUAGCUUUUACAGCAUUUCACGUGCUACUUCUGGAAGAGGGCAGAUCAUGCUUUGUCUAUUUAUUUUUAGAAGCGCACAAAGCAAUUUGUACAUACUAUAUUUAUUCUAUAUGUAAGGUUGUUAUGAUGUCAUUUCAUUGUGACUCUGUUACUUUUUUCUUCUUUUUUGUGCAAAUGACCAGUAGAGCUUUUUUUGCCACUUGCUACGAUAGCGACGAACUAUUGCACGGUGCCUAACACACGUCACACUUAUGCAACACACAGGGACACCUCUAAGACAUAGAAUGGCCUUAACCUCCAUGAGCCUCAGAGUUGGUAGCUUCUUUAAUCAGCCUUGAUUAAUAAAUGAUGUACAGUACCUUGAUUGUGACGUGCCAUGUAACGUAGUAACUUUGUGUGAUGCAACAGGCAGUGACAGUAUGUACGUCAACACCUCAGAAGGUUGGCUACACGGGCCGCCAGGAGGGGCUGGGGACAAAAAUGAUGAGCAUAAACAACGGAUUUCACGCCAGGAACCCUGCAGUGUUUCAUCAAAAAUAAAUAAAUAAACACAACACUUUUGAUUUGCUUGCUCCCAUUUUUCACGAGCCAAUGCAGUUAAACUGGUACCUUUUGGAUUGGCCUUUUGGUAUAGCCACCCUUAGGCAUCCCUGUUUUUGCUGUCAUUUUUCACAAACCGGUGCGGUUAAACUGCACUUUUCGGAGUGGCGUUUUGUUGUAGCCACCCAAAGGCACACUUGUGUACUAGUCAUGCUAUGACAACUAUCAGCAUUCUGAGUGCCACCUGAUAGAUUUGUGGACAAAAUUUGAGAGAGGCGGGCCUUUUGCGCACACAGAACAAGUUCAAGAUAUCUUGAAAAAUGGGAGCAAAAACAAAAUUGUUGUGGUUAUAUAUAUUUUUGCUCACAUUUUUCACAAACCAAUGCAUUUAAACUGCACUUUUGGAGGGGCCUUUUGUUGUAGCCACCCUAAGGCUCACCUGUGCACUAAUCAUGCUGUGUAGUAUCAAUAUUAUCAGAAUUAAAAGUGCUCCCGAGGCUUGUGGACAAUAUUUGGGAGAGACAGGCCUUUUGCGUACAUGGAACAACUUCCAGAUCUCGUGAAAAAUGGGAGCAAAAACAAAAGUGUUGCGUUUAUGUUAUUUUGCACUGCAAUGUAAAGAGUUCUUCAGCCACCAGCCGCCUGAACUCACCAUGAACCAGGUGGACCCUGAGGCUACGUCAACUUCUUUUUUUUUUAACGCAUAUUUUUCAGUGGGUUUUGGCCUCACGCCCCACACGCAAAUGCAGCUUUUUGUCCUUCAAAACUGAGCUUUUAGAAAAGUUUUUCCUGCUGUGGGCUCCGUGGACGCACCUCACAUCUCACCAUAUCGGCCAACAGAGGCUGUGGUUGCUUUUUCAGGCUUCCGAUUGGCCAAAAUGCGCAUGACAGCCGGUGAAUGUGUUUUUAUUUGGGCAGAGACUGUUUUUGUUCUAAAAACAACACUGGUGUGGAUGGGCGGGGCAAAUGUGGCCUAAGUGGUUUGAUUCCGACACACUGUGACCUCCAAAUGUGUCCUGGUACGUUUGCUGCAUGAGAUAUAAAACAGUAAAAACUGCAUGUGCAGCCUCAGCAGGGCUGAUGUCUGUGGCUUAUUUCCUGAUUGGCUGGAAUUAAAGGACUUGUAUUUCA